GACAGUCAAAGUAGCGAUUCCGGUAAGAUGAUGAGGCUAGGGGCAACUCCAGUAAAAAUAACUGCCGCCCCACCGAAAGGUGUUGAUUUGGAGAUUAGCGGUGGCAAGUUUAUCCCCAACGAGUACCAAAAUGGAUUUGCUACCGAAAACAACCACAAGCCUGUCGGAAGUAUCGUGUCGUCGGGGAAAAUCAGCACCAGAUUGACCGGAUCCGAGGAAACGGGGCGCGGGCUGCUCGAGGACAGAAAGCGAAGCACCACUCAUCACACCACCGGCACAGGUCCAGGCCCGCGCCAACAGAAAGUCAACUACUCCCAUAAUUUGCAAUAUCUGGAGAUCGUUUCACCGCCGGAUGACGAACGAGGCGCAUCCAAACCGGGCAGCAUUCCCGAAGUCCAAUCGCACAUCAAUCUAGCGGAGGAAGUGGCCCAAAGACAACGGCAGCUACGGAGACAGGAGAUGUACGGCCAACUCAAGAGGCAAGUGUGCCGCGAUAGGAUGCGAACCCUUCGGCGAAUGGCGGAAAAUCCCAUCUACGUGAAUGGCCACUUUGACAAACCUUGGCAGACGGUUUCGCACAUUUCCGACCAAUUGGUCGAGGAGCUGACGGAGGAAACCGUCCGGCAGGGGUUGGAUUUCGGAGAGACGUCGUUCGUGGAGGAGUUUCUGCGCAUGCAACUGGAUGGGUGACGGAGGUGGAGAAGGAGGCGUCGAUCCAAGAUGAGAUAGGAUAUUGUGUGGGGUGGAGGAGGGAUGUAUAUUUUGAUUGUAGUUACUUGUCGUAGCAUUUGUUACUCGAAUAUAACAGGUAUCAGUAGAUGAAUCGAC